UACAUGAGGAAACAUACUGUUGAAUAUUGCUUCAUAUUGCACUCUGGCUUGCAAACAAUAUCCAUAUAAAUGACUAUUUGAUUUGUUCCUGGCAUGCGCAAUUUCAGCUUUAUACAAGGAAGGACUCUAGGAUCUAAAAAUGUGAUGCCUACUAAUUACACAAAGGAAAAUAAGUGAUUCUAAACAAUCAAGAGAGUGAUUGAAAUUAUUUUGAGACAAAGACAGAGUCUAACACUUCACCAAUAAAUCAAACCUAUUGAAGGCAUCCGCAAUAUGUCUUUAUCCAAGUGCUAUACCUCUACACCAGAAACAACAAACACUGCUCGAUUGGCUAGGCUUAUACUUGGUCCAUGUACUGAUGUGUUACGGGACAUUCUAAAGACUGAAAUGUUACCAUCUGAUUUGUCAAGAAAGGUAAAAGAAUUUACAGACAAACUUUUACAUGGACAAAGAAAUCCUCUCAACAAAACACAAUCCGAGAUAAUUUUCCCCAAACCGACAAAUCAAUACAGUGGUGAUUAUUCAGACUUAGACAUAUCUUUAUUAUAUUUACUUCUACGCAAUGUGUGUAAAAUAGCACCUCAUUCCAAAGGUUGGGGAGAGAUUCCCAAUCCCGGAGACAGAAGCGUGGCCGCCAACAUUGAAAGAAUUCGCCUCAUUAGAAACCAGUAUUACGGACAUUCAGCUGACCUUUCUCUAUCCGAGUCAGAAUUUAGACAGGAAUGGCGAAACAUCCGGGAUAUUGUGGUGGAGCUAGAGCGACACGUAGGAGAAACCACGGUUUAUCAGGAUGCUGUCAACAUGAUAAAAACCUGCUCCAUGGACCCAGAACAAGAGAAAAAAUACAUAGAUUUACUUGGAGAUAUCAGAGAACUUCAUAUCACUGUGGAUGAUCUUUCGAGUAAUAUGCGGAUUAUGCAAAGAAAUUUGGUGCUUCAUGGUAAAUAUCUCAUGAUAUGAUGAUCGUAUAAAUGGAAUGAUCACUACAGGAAAUCCAAUCCAAGACUUGCAAGAAAAAUCGGUAAGAUAAUAUUUAAAAAAAAAUAGAUAUUUGGAAAAUGGCUGGGUAUUUCAUAUCUUAAUAUUCCAUGUUAAUAUACCUCAUAUAAAUAAUCACAAUUAAAGAGGAAUCUGACUGGCUAAGGCAGUCACGUGGCCGUCGUGUUCGCCCUGCAACAAAACUUCGUGUUUCCCGCAUUCGGUUCACCUCGGCUGACUACACUAUCCUGCAUCUAGAUGUAGUACGCCGAGGUGUGCAGAACGUGUUUCACAUCAUGUUCCACAAUUGUGACGCCACAAUGCGGCAAAUGCGAUGAUUAGUACUGCUCGAAUUCGAUUGUUUAAUUCUUUCAUUAAUUAUGUCGAUAUAAAAUUGUAAAAUAUAAAUAGUUAGAAAACUUGUAUUUCCAUGAGGAAGGAUAUGGAAAUAACGAAUUGUAUUCAAUCUCAAUAUACAAAAUAAGAGCAGAGCAAACACGAACCUCCGAAACAUCAGAAGUGGGAU